GGGUGGGAGCCGGCGGCCGACGCGCCCUGGUGCCCCUACAAGGUGCUGCCCGAGGGCCCCGAGGCGGGCGGCGGGCGCCUGUGCUUCCGCAGCCCCGCGCGCGGCUUCCGCUGCCAGGCGCCCGGCUGCGCGGCGCACGCCUCGGCCGGCCGCUCGCUGCGCGCCAGCGUCCUGCGCAACCGCAGCGUGCUGCUGCAGUGGCGCCUGGCGCCGGCCGAGGCGCGCCGCGUGCGCGCCUUCGCGCUCAACUGCUCGUGGCGCGGCGCCUACACGCGCUUCCCGUGCGAGCGCGUGCUGCUGGGCGCCUCCUGCCGCGACUACCUGCUGCCCGACGUGCACGACGGCGUGCGCUACCGCCUGUGCCUGCAGCCGCUGCCGCUGCGCGCCGAGCCUGCCGCCGCCUCCCCGGAGCCCGCCGGGCCGGCCGAGUGCGUGGAGUUCGCCGCCGAGCCAGCCGGCAUGAGGGAGAUCGUGGUGGCCAUGACGGCGGUAGGCGGCUCCAUCUGCGUCAUGCUCGUGGUCAUCUGCCUGCUCGUGGCUUACAUCACCGAGAACCUCAUGCACCCGGCCUUCGGGCGCCCCGGUCUGCGCAGGCAGCCCUGAAGCGCGAAGCGGCCCGCCCACCGGGGCUCUGCCUGCCCCACGAGUUCGUGGGAGGCCACAGGCGCUCCAGCCCGCUAUCCCUUCCGCGUUCCUGCUCCCUCCUAGGAUCUCCACGCAGGGCCUGCUGGAGACGGAUAGGGCAUCGGCCAGCCGCACCAGGACCUUGAAGUCGUCGCACGACCUUCUCAGCUGGACAUCCGCAUCCCAGACUUCAGCUCGGAACUGGCCUUUGGGCCUGGGCAGAGAUGACAGCUGCGUCCAGGGCUCUCCCUGCUCUCCAGAGGCCUUUCUAGAGGCCGCCAGGACAUAGAGCCCUUUCUAGCAAGAGCCAUUGGCACCCGUGGGUCGUCAUUCUACUCCUCCUUCGUGUACCACUUUGGAAAAACUAGGCUGUCGUCCUUGCUUGGUCACUGUGCGCUUUACCAGCUCGAGGGGCCCCAUUGGAGCCUAUGCUUUGCCCGCCCCACCCCAGUGGGCUUAGGUUAGCUUCGUGCCUUAGUAUCUGGGGCCCACUGCUGGAACCAACUCCUGGUCCUGUGCUGUCUGAGAGGGUCUGUGGCCCUGAAACUGGCUGGCUCGUGUGUGGUUCUCGCCAGAGCCCCCUGGGCACCCCCACUUCAAGAUUUGCAGGAGUGUCGGGUGCGGGUAAAGAGAGUCUGUGGUGUUUUCCUACGUGGGUGUCUGACAAGCUGGGAGUCAAGAUGUAGCUCAGCAGGCCAGGCCAAGCGUCCAGCUGCUGUGCCCAGGGGUGAGUGUCCUCUGACCUUGGGGGAAGCUGGCAGUUCUCCAGGGCCGGGCUACCCCACUUCCUUUUGCGUGUGCUGCUUCUGACUGAGGACUUUCUAUGGCAAGUGGGGACAGAUGGCUGGGAAGAGGGGACCUGGUCUGAAAGGACAGCGUUGGAUCCAGAGGGCAGAAUAGAUGCCAGCCUUGCCCAGCUGGACUUUGUACUGUGGUCUGGAUCCCAAGCCUCAGCCACAGCAUGACAGAUAGCACCACCCCACCCCCUCCUCGAGCUGGUGGCUGGGAGCCCAGGAUCUGGCCAGAAAUGCUGCUGCCCGCCUAGAGUCCCAAGGUGGGCUGAAGGCUGACCUUGCCCCUCUCUGGGCAGACCUGAGCACCCUGGCCAGGGUUGCUUCUUGUGCCGAUCACUUGGUGAUGCCGAGUGCUGGGAGGGGUGUGGCACGGGAUGCCAAGUUCUCCAUGAGCCCCUGACUGUGACCACCCUGGACCUGGCACUUCUGGAGUCACUGUGGCUUACCCAUCCCCACCCUCACCCAGUGGCCACCAGCGACCCCAGGUCCUGGCUGGUGCCUCCGAAGCACCCACUCCCCACCUCUCUGUCUUUGCUCUGCCCGCCCCUGGCGUGGCACUAGUCAGGUGUGAGCCUGGCGCCAUUAUCUGUCAAAAUGUCUAUCAUUCUUAGAUCAAAACCGCCGUCUUGUGUGCUUAUUCAAGAGGUGGGAGGAAAGGGCACAGAAUAAGGAGGAGGAGGUGGACCCCUUGCUCCCCAGCUCCUCUAAGCUCCUCAAGCAUCAGCCCAGUGGCUGGCCCUGGACCCUUUGCCUGGUCAGGUGGGGUCAGUCCCAGGCUGGGUGCACAGGCACCCUGCCCUUGCAGCUUCUGGCAGAGGGACAAGCAGGGUGUCCCACUGCUGGUGUGCCCACAGACCUUGGGAAACCAUCCUCCUGGGUCUGCUGUGCUGGGUGGGGGUGGGGGGCGGCACCUGGUGCAGUUAGAAAUAGCCCAGUCUCACAGCUGACCCACUUGAGCUGUGACAAGCAGCAAUUAGGCAGCUCUAGGAGGGCCCCGUCCCUGGUCCAUGCCUCCCCAUGCAGUGCCAGGGCUGGGAGUAGGGGACAGGAUAAACCUGGGGCCCCAGUGUGUGGCAUUCACUGGAUCGCCACCUGCCCUCCUGCGUGGGCCCUCCCCCACCUUGGCUGUCCUUGAGAUCCAAGAGCUGUGACCCUGAGGAGCCAGCUGGGGGUGGGCCAGGCUCUGAAGAGUGACUCAUCUCCUCCGAGAGGUGGGGGUGUGACAGUGUGUCUAGACAGCCUGGGGGAGGGGUGAGGUGGGCAGGAGUGGGAGGGGUUCCACCUGUAUCCCGACUCCCUGGGAGCCCUUUGCCUGGGGAGACCCCAGGCCACCUGUGAAGUGCGCUCAGGUGUCUUCCGUGAGGGCAGAAGUGGGAGCUCCUGGCAGCCCGGUCUGAUGUGCCCUGGUGUCCAUCCUCUGGCUCCUGAGGGCAGUCAGGUUCCAGAGCUGGGGCCACAUGGCUCUGCUGGAGCCAUGGUGAAAUUCCCUGAGGUCUUACCCUCUGCCCUCUCCCUCCGGCCCUCCACCUGAUUUGGGGCCCCGUUUGUGGGCUUGAGCUCAGGCCAGCUAGAGCCACAGGCCUGUCUUAUCAGCCGAUCCUCCAUCUCCUGCAGCACUGACCCUCAGCCUUCUGCUCCAGAGAUGCCUCUUUAGGGCUCCGUUGUGGGGGCUUCUUGGAGGUCCAGAGUCCAGCUUUGGGUCUGCAGAGGUGGAGCUGAGGAGGCCUGCCCCAGCGCAGUCCAGCGAUGAGCCCUGGCCUGGGAGACGACCUGCAGCUGGUGUCCAGGCAGAGGGCUUCUGCUUCUGAGCUCUCGGUCAUCCCCACAAGCUGCUCUCCCCAGGUGGCCCCACCAUCCUCCCCAGGGUGCGGGGGACACCCAAGCUCCUGCCCCACGCUGCUGCCCCAGUCCACCUGGAGGACUGGCUGCACACCUCGUCCAGAGGCUUCCCUCUUCCACCCCCCUCGAGGGCCGUGCCUCCUUCGCUCCCUCUCUCAUUGUGGCCUCUGCUCUUCUGGUCACCUCUGCAGCCUCCCUGUGCCUCAUUCAUCGGUCCAGACUGCUUUUCUCACUGGCGCCUGAAGAUACUUAAGGUUCUAAUUUUCUGUCAUGGAAUAGAGAUAACUCUGCUCUGAUUCCGAAGCACUGAAGGGCUGUCUGGGCUGUCGUCCUUGCUCUGCCUUUUAAGAGCCAUGCGGCCUUUCAGUGCCUCAGUUUCCCCAUCUGUAAAAUGGAAACAGUAAUAGGACCUAAUUCACAGGCUUCUUGCAAGGCUUACGUGAGACUAGCCAGGUAGAGAUAAAUCGUAGCCAUUGUUAUUCAUGUCUUUGCCAUGACUUAACGUGCCCUCUGGGCCAAGAUCCCCAGGGCUAUGUCCCCAGCCUGACCCUCCUCAAGCUCCAGACAGGUGGCCCUUGAAAUUCUCACUAUGUUGGCUGGUGGGUGCAAAAUAGAACUCCUGAUUCUCUGCUCAGCCCCACACUUGAAUCCAUGGCACGUUCAUUUAGCCAAUGGGAAUGAGACACAAUCGUCUGUGAACUUGGGCCGGCCGAAUGCACCCAUGUGGCUGGCUCUGGGGACCCAGCAGUGACACCAGGAUGCAGACCUGCCUGCCCAGGCUCCUCCCCCAUGGCCCCCAGCAACUGCUUGCUCCUCUGGUCUCAUCAGCGCUGGCCCUGGGAGGCCCUCACACUCUCAGGGCCGGCUAAGCUGGGGAGGGGGCACGGAGACAGACGACACCAAGUGCAGCAGGCAGCAUCAAGGGCAGAUAGAGGAAAAGUUUCUCCGGGGGCACAUGUUGGACUGGUGUUUCCCUGGUGAUCUCAGGAUGGGGGCAGGGCUGUUGGAUUUGGUCCUGGGGAGGCACAGCCAAGGAGCUGCUGUAGACCUGGACCUGGGGGACGAGCAAUUUGGCCACUGCAGCCUGAGUCUAGAGUCCUGGGCCCCUGAUACCCAGAGCCUCCUCCAACCCUGUCUCUGGGGACUGGCCACAUGCCCCCGGGGAGCAGUGCUGAGAAUGGGUGGCGUGGGCGUUCCAGGGAGGGGGACCGGCCUUCACCUCUGAAGGCAGGGGCAUCAGAGCCACUUGCUACCUCUUUUUUUCUUUUUUCAAGAGCAAUUCCAUGUUAGUAUUUUUUUUAAUUAAGAGAAUUUUUUUGCUACUUCUUUCUUUUAAGGUGUCAUUUGGGUUUUCCUCCUGUUAAUCUUCUUUAGAAAUCUGUUCUUUUAUUUCUAAGUUGUAUCAGCAGUCUUUUCAAAUCUUAAUUUUUCCCCCAACGAUCUCAGUAAAUUUUUUUCCCCAUUUCUGAUGCAGGGUGUUCUUUCGUAACUUUUACCAUCUUCUAACUCUAUUAGCUUGUGAUGAAACACGUGGUUAAAGGUUUUCUCUUUUCUGGCAUGCCUCAUCUGUAGGGAUGGUACGUGCUGCUGCUUCUGUUUCCUAUGGUACAUUUGUUUGGGGUUUGACAAAUAAAAAUGGCAAGCAAUAGGAUAUAUUGGAGUAUAUGAGGAAGCCAUUUGGUAUAAACCUAA